ACGACAUAAUUGUGAUGUAAUGGUGAAACAAUGAUGGCAGUGGUGACAUAAUGGUGAUAUAGUGAUGAUUUGAUAUUCAUCCCUGCUGCCGGACACUCCAGACACAUGUUGGCAUUAAACUAUUUGACCAAACAUCGCGGACAAAAGUUCAUUAACGCGAACGGAUCGCUUGCCGUGGCGCCAAAGGUCUGGGAGGAUGCAGACGUAGAGAGAGAGUAAGAGGCAACAGACAACUCACGCCUGCCAGUUUUUUUUUUUUUUAAAUAAACCUUGCGCCAUCGCUGGUCGCCUGCUUGCGUGGCGUACUUAGCGCGACCAGUGACGGGUCAGAGUGAGUACUACCGACAGGGGAGAGAAAACAGCACCGGGCAAAUCUUGGUAGAGUUAUCUGUGGCUUCUCUGGGUGAGAGUCACAUGAAAAAAUAAUUAAGGGAAUAACGCAGAAGCUCAUGGGAAAAUCAAUCAAUGUUUAAGUCAGAUCGAAAGUCCGGAGACACACAAUAGAUAACAGACAGGAUCAUGAGAACAACACUAGGCUACAGAGGACACUAUUUGACUCAGCCCUUCCUUUUUUCCGCGGACACAUUUUAACACCUAUACUAACACAUCUGACUUGGCAUAUUCCCGCAGCACAUGUCAGGGCCAGCGUCAUGGGCGCUGAGUGCACGGGGCUUGUUGUGUGAUCGGCUCACAGUGCGGGCGCUGGGUGCAGGGUGUAGAAAAUGACUAUGAGAGUGGAAUAUAUUUUGAGAUCCAUCUAUGUCUUUUCCACCUUUACCACUGUUUUAGGAGAUAGCAAGACGCUGUGGUCCCAGUGGUGGACCUAUUAUGGAAUAUCAGGUCCUGACUACUGGGGCUUAUUGAAUCAAGACUGGUCGCUGUGCAGCAGAGGUCAGCAUCAAUCUCCAGUGGAUAUAAACCCGCGAAAUCUGGUCUUUGACCCAAACCUUAGACCCGUCAGGAUUGACGCUCACAGGGUCAACGGAAGUGUUGUCAACACCGGAAAUGACAUCACUUUCUUUAUCAAUGAGACAGAGAACCAGCCUUUCGCCUUCACUGGUGGCCCCCUCUCUUACACCUACAGAGCCAACCACAUCAAACUUCACUUUGGUAAGAUAGACCAGCUCGGAUCUGAACACACAGUUGGUGGCCGCCCAUUUCCUUUGGAGCUCCAGAUAUACGGAUACAACGCCGAGCUCUAUUCCACAUUCAAGGACGCUCAGAUGUCUUCUCAUGGCGUAGCAACAUUGGCCAUUUUUGGUAUUAUCGGAGAACACUCCAACAUGGAAUUUGAGAAUCUGAUUCAAGCCAUUAAUCUCGUGCCAUUCAAAGAUAACUCUGCAACAUUGUCGGAACUUUCUAUCAAACAUCUGCUUCCUGAUUCUUACGACUACAUGACCUACGAGGGGUCCAUGACCCAGCCAGGGUGUCUGGAAACAGUCACGUGGAUUCUCUUGAACAAACCGCUGAGUGUCCGAAAGGAUCAGCUAAUGAUGCUUAGGAAACUGCACGAGGCUGUGGACUCUGGUAAUCCAUCUCUGCUGAUGGAGAACAACUUUCGUCCGCCUAUGCCAGUUAACCGGCGAACUGUUAGAACCAACAUCCAGCCACAAAAAACCACAUCAACAUGUAACAUGCAGAAAUUAGCGUUUUAUGAAGUAAAUGACAGAUAUAGAGUACGAUGAAUAAAUCGAGGUCAAAGGUCAUCACCAGUUUGCCUUGAACCUUUCAUAAACUGUGGUUAAUUGUUUCGUAGCGGUGAAUUAAAAAAUUAGGAUUGUUAUUGGCCAAAUGAUACGUCACUUUAUGGAUUCUAAUUGUAUUGUAAAACGAGGAUUGCAUGAUGGUAGCAAGGGAUGUGAUUUUUACACGUGAGAUUUGUUGUAAUUGUUUGCUGUUGUUCAUUUUGAACACUAUGGAUAUACUAGAUUCGUACAAGAGAAGUAACUUACAUGUUUUAUCCGAAUAUAUCUAUCUCGCUCAAAGGAUUUAUGCAUAUAGAGAAACAACACACUCUAUUUAUUUACAAACCCCCAUACUAUAUGAUAUAUCCAUGGCCGGCCUUAGACAUAGGCAAACAAGGCAGUCGCCUAGUGCCACCAGAAGGACAGAGUGAAAAUUAACUAAGCUCUUUAAGACCUGAGCUCUUAGAUAUGUGUUUUUUGUUGUUGUUGUUGUUGUUUUGUAUCUGUUUUCUGUUCGUUCGACGUAGGUUCUUUGGACUGGGCUUUAGCAUUAUUACUAUAGUUUACACAUGUUUACGUAAACAUCAAUAUUUUAACGAUAGAGGAUUCUCAAAUUUCAGCAAGCUUAUAUCCACCAUAGUAAUUGUAUUGUCUUUGAGAUUCCUUCUGUUCAAUAGUUGACAAUACAUGUACCAAUAGGCGCAAUAAUACUUGUAGUAGGAGCGUUGCAUAAAUGUGAAAUUCAUGUGUGAGAGCAAUGACUGAGAACCUGCCCGCAAUUAUUCAUCUAUGUGUGUACCAUUUCUACAUAUUUACACAAAUAUAUAAUUUUGUUUCUUUAUGAAUGAUAUAUAUAUGACAACCCGGAAAGUGAGAAAGUAUUAAUGCUAAAUGAAAGCAUUGAAAAUCGUUGAGACUUUUGUUAUAAUUAGUUGUGCUUAAAGCGUAAAAUUCGUAUCAAGGUAUCCUUUCACGUGUGAUUUGUUAUAAUGUUUCAAAUAUUUAUUGAAAAUAAGGCAUAUCAACGACAACUCUCCAUUCAAAUCAUUCGACUUAUCUUUGCAAGCAUAAAUGUAACUACUUUUCAUUUCAUUUGCAUUUAACGGCGUGUGACAGAAAAAAAAAGCUCUUUCUCUCCUAAUCGACGAUACCAUCGUUGAUUAGACCUCAUUAAAUUAAAUUAAUGUUUGAAUUUUUAAAACUUUAAUUUGUUUUAAUGUAUAAAGAGCAUGCAUUCCCCUUUUAAUUAUAUACCAGUUAAAACAUUUUCUGAUAAGCGAAAAAGUUAUUAAAGCUUAAUCAUAACAGCGUAGUGGAAUACUACUGAGCAAAAUGAAUUCUGUCGCCAAACGUGGAAAAAUAAUUACGGAGAGAAAGAGAUAAAAGUAGACAGAUAUGUGGCCUAAUUGUUAAGAGAAAACAAAUUUGGAAAAGGGUUAACACUUAAUAUCUACUUUCAUAUAAGUUCUAUGUUUGGAGGGAGGGGCCAAGCGAGACCAAUCGUCAUAGAAGGUCUGAACACUGGCCUGCCACGUCACAACCUGUGGGCAGUGGAGACAAGCUCGUUGCUACGUGACAGGACUUUACAACGUGGCAACAAUCUAUUGGUCCAGGGUUCGAAUCCAGGUGAAGACUGUGAUUUUUUAUUUCGGGAUCUUUAGGGCGCUCUGAUGGAUUCCUGGCAUUAGUUGGGGAAAAGUAAAGGUGUUAACCGCGGGCCACAAAAACAGAUGACUUUUACAUCGUCUGCCCUAUAGACCGCAUGGUCUGAAAGGGGAACUUUACAUUUAUUUAUUUUUUAACUAUACAAGGAAAACCUUGACCUUGAAAAAUACCGUAUAUUGGAAAUCAAGUAAUAUUAGUAUUUCAUUAGAUUACAUUUAAAAAGUCUUCGCCUGUUUUCUAUUUCAUUAACGUAGUUUAUUAUUGACUAAUAUAAGUGACCGUUUGAAUGAAUGUCCCCAAGAAAGGAGUUUGUAAUAUUGAAUCCCUGUGCAAAUUACCAAUGGCGGUGCUGUUAACUUCCUGUUGUGUGCCCUAAAAAAGUGCGGUGCAUGAGAGCUUCCGAACUGAAGGGUCCCGAGUCACUGGUUGGAAUCCUGAUGAAGACUGGGAUUUUUUUUUUAUUUCGGGAGCAUUUGAGUCCAUCCAGCUCUAAUGGUUACCUGACAUAAGUUCGGUUGGUCAGAGUUCAUUUUAACUAAAAAUUUAGUCAAUUCCUAUUAACUAUGAAAAAACAAAGCAGUGGCGUAGCUAGAGAUUUGGGGGCCGGGGAGGGGGGCUUGACUUAUUUAGAUGCCCAUGAAUUUUGACAUUCGACAUCAUGAUAUGAUAUAAUGGCGUAAUGUUUAAUGUAAAAACACAUUUCUGACCCUCAUUUGGGGCCCUCCUCAAGUGUGGCCCAGGAGGGAAGGGAAUUUCAAAUGUAGAAUCCCCUCUCCCGAACCUAGCUACGCCACUGAAACACAGGAAAAUAUUGUGUCGGACUAAAAGCCGAGGUUUGAGCUACGUAUGGCUAUAUAUCGUCCAUCUUUCGAAAAAUCCCCUCCGCUAUUCCCUUUUUUUUUUUCAAAUUUCUCUCUUGACUUUGCUCGACAUGUAUAAUUCAAAUGAUGCCAUGAGAUUUAGCAUGAGAAUAAAUCACACUUUUUAACUUUCGUUGCAUUUUAUGCAAACAAUGUGGAACUUAUUUCUAGAAAUAAUUUGAAUCUAUAUAUUUAUAGCAAUAUUUAUUGUUAAGUAUGAGAUACAAAUCUAGAUGAUAUAUGAAAAGUUGUAUUUUUAUUAUUAUUAUUAUUUCAAUUGAAAUUGUAAUUGAUCUUUCUUAUUCAAACCAAUAAAACCUGAAUA